AUGUCGUCAGCAGUAGAUCAGAAAGCUUAUUUACAAAGAUAUCUCAGUGGUCCGUCAGGCGAAAAAAAGAAGAAAAAGAAAAAGCCUGUGAAAGGCAAAGGAUUUAAAAUCAUUGAUGACGACCUAGAUUUAUCAAAACUUAGACCAUUAGAUGGUGAAGAAUUGGAUAUUUUAAAUGAAGGUGAAGACGCUCCACAAAUAGCUGGAAUCAUUGAUGAAAGACCCGAUGAAUUGAAAAAGUUAGAUUAUCAGAUGUCAACUAAGUGGAGAGUUAUUAAUCAGGAUGAUGGCUUCAACAGUAAAUUACAAGUGCAAGAAGUAAAAAAAGACAAAAAAGAAGUAGAAAAAGAAAACGAAAUUGUUUUUGGUAAAAUGUACAGUGAUUCUGAAGAUGAAAAAAAUAACGAUUCAGAUUUAUCACCACCAAGAAAAAAUGAUCAAAUCAAUAAACAAUCUUCAAGUAAGAAGAGUAAACAUAAUAGUGAUAGUGAUUUUAGUCCUCCCAGAAAAAAUAGAGGGAAUGAUUGUGAUUUAUCUCCUCCAAGAAAAAAUUCCUUACAGCCUAGUAAAAAUUUUAAGGACCGAAGUCCUCAAAGAAAAUCUUCAAAAAAAUCUAAAUCAGAAAAGAAAAAUUAUGAUCCAAAUGCCUCGCCACCUAGAAAAGCUAGAAGACAAAGUCCAGGCAGACAAAAUAAAUCUAAACGUCAAAACAGUGAUAGUGAUGCAAGUCCUCCCAGAAGAAAAGAUGAGUCAAAAUCACAAAAAAGAGAUUAUGAUUCAGACUUAUCUCCUGCAAGAAAAUCAAAAAAUAGAAAACAAAGUAAAUCAAAAAGAUCUAAUAGUGAUAGUGAUGUCAGUCCACCUAGAAAAAAGGAAAAGUCAGAAUCAAAGAAAAGAAAUUAUGAUUCUGAUUUAUCACCACCUAGAAAAAAUGAAAAUAAAUCAAAGGAAAGAGCGAGAAAACCUUCUCGGUGGGGAGAUUAUGAUGAAAACUAUAGAAAUUCACAGCGGAAAUCAAAUCAAAGCCCAGAAGUUUUUAAACAAAGAAGGUCACGAUCACCAGACAGAAAUAGACAGUUCGAUAAGAAAACAAAUUCCAAUAACAGAAAUAAGAAAUAUGAUUCAGACGCUUCCCCUUCGACGAAAUCUCGACAUGUUACUUCAAUUCAAUCAGAUUCUGAUGUUUCACCUCCAAGAAAGCGUAAACCAGAAAAACAGAAUAGUUAUAUGAAAAAUAAUAGUGAUUCAGACUUAUCCCCUCCGAGAAGAAGUCAGAAACAUGAAAACAGAAGAAUGGAAAAGACUUUAGACGGUAAAAAAGCUGGUUUACAAGAUGCUAAACAAUUGAAAGAAGAAAAUAAUGCAUUCAGAAGAAGAGAAGAUGAAGCAUUUAGAAAUAUGACAGAUGAAAUGUCUGGAAGAAACGCCCAAGCUGUAUCUAGAAAAGGUAAAAGAGAAACAUCAGAAGAUAGACAAAAGCAGAGAGAAAAAGCGGAGAGACAGAAGGAAUUGGAUGAGAAAUAUAAGAAAUGGAGUAAAGGUCUAAAACAAUUAGAAGCUCAACAAGCUGCCGCAGAAGAUUUUAUUCAUGAAUCAUCAAAACCACUUGCUCGGUAUAAAGAUGAUAGAGAUUUAGAAAGCAAGUUGAAAGAUGUAGAGAGACAAGGUGAUCCAAUGCUCAAAUAUAUAAGAGAGAAGAAACGGGAAAGAGGAGAUUUGGGACCAGAGAAACCAACAUACAAAGGCAAUUUCCCGCCAAAUAGAUUUAACAUAAGGCCAGGUUAUAGAUGGGACGGAGUUGACAGAUCCAACGGCUAUGAAAAGAAGUUCUUCGAACAACAAAGUAAAAGAAAAGCUCAAGAAGAAGAAGCUUAUAAAUGGAGUACCGAAGACCUG